CUCAAGCACCAGCUCCUUGGUGAAGAGCUCCCUCACUACCCACUAGGUGACUGUGCCACUAUCAGAUGGAGCAGAAAGAGCACCAGUUUCACACUGCUGUGCCUGUCAGCUGCAUGUCAACUUUGCUUCUAACUGAACUCGACAAAAUAUCAGAGGUGCCUCACACACGGUUGUUUCAGUGAAUGAGUGAAUGAAUGAGUAGAGGUAGAAACUGGUGACAAGUCCUAGAACUGCCAACCAUCAGUGUUUUGUGGACCAUGUAAAGCCUGUGCAGGGAGAAGCCUCAGUGUGAGGGACCUUGUUGCUGAGCCAGAGGACUUGGCCUCUGGUCUGUGAUGACUGAACACAGGGUGAAUGGUGCUAGCAUUCCUGGUCCCCAUGUGCAGGGGACCAGGAUGGAUCUUGGAGAGCACCAUGUAUGCCAGGUAGGAGAUGCUCCAGGCCCGGAUUGCUAAAGCAACAGGGGGCAAAGGCCUUCCAGGAGGGUGAGCACCUCAGCUGUUCCCUGGGUCUCCCAUUCCUGGCUCAUUUCUCCAUGACCACAAAAGGGACAUGAACACGGGGCUCCCUGCAGAGUCAAGCAGCUCUUUGACCCUGUGGUUUAUGAUUAUCAAGUAUCCAGGAGGCAGCCAAUGAGGGGACUGAACACCCAGGCUUGUCCCAGAGGUGACAACAUUGCUUGCAUAAGACCUCUCCUGGAUGCCAGCAUAGGCUGAGGGCUGAGGCUGCGCUGGACACUCAGGGCUCUUGUGUGGCAGGGCUUCUGGGAAGGUGGGCAGGGACGCCUCACUCUCCGGUAGACCUUGAGAUUUCAGACACAGACGUCUCCCCAUGGCUCCUUAUUUCAUCCGCAUAUACCAGGAGAGUGACCGCAAGGCGGCGGUGGACUUGCUUUCCCAGGGCAUCACUGAGCACAUCCCUGCCACUUUCCGCCACCUGCUGAAGCUGCCCCGAACUCUCGUGCUCUUAGUUGGGGGCCCCUUCCUCCUACUCCUGGUCUCUGGCUCCUGGCUCCUGGCUGUCACAUUCAGCCUCGCCCUCCUCCCUGUCCUAUGGUUCCUUGCCGGCCUUCCGUACAGGCAGUUUGUACACAUGAGUUUGCAAACAGACAUGGCUGACAUCACCAAAUCCUACCUGAGCAAGCCUGGCUCCUGCUUCUGGGUGGCUGAGUCUGCAAAGAAGGUGGUGGGCACAGUGGGAGCUUUGCCCGUGGACGAUCCCACCUUGCAAGAGAAGCGGUUGCAGCUGUUUCACCUGGUCGUGGCCUCUGAGCACCGUAAUCAGGGCAUAGCAAAAGCCCUGGUCAGGACUGUCCUCCAGUUUGCCCGUGACCAGGGCUACAGUGCAGUUGUCCUAGAUACUAGCACCAUGCAGCUCUCGGCCAUGACCCUUUACCAGAGCAUGGGCUUCCAGAAGAUCCACGAGUUCUUCUUCUGUGCGAGUGCAAGGCUAGUCCAUCUUAAGAUAAUUCAUUUCAUGUACCGCCUCCCUUCUGCUCAGACACAGGCUCUGUGAUCUCUUUCCCUGUGCAUUAGUCAGGACACGGUCCCCAGUGCUGUAGUAAUAAACAAACACUGACCUUUCAGUACCAACACAAUAAAAGCUCUUUGGUCAUUCA